AAAAACUUAAUUAAGGUAAUACAGGUCAUACAAACAUUUUUGAAUAGUUAAUAUGAUUCAGAAAAUUCUGGUAUAAAAAGCGGGGAAAUUUUUUUUUGUUAACCGCGUCCUUAGGUGUUGCUGUGUUUCUAAUUACAAUGGUAUAAUAAAAUCAUGGAUGUCGACACAGAAACAUCUCAAGGCGAAACUAUAGCAGGUGGUCCAACUACUACUUCGCUUGUUACACCUUGCGAACCAAAUCAAUUACAAGAUUAUUUUGAUAAACUAUUACCAUUGGUCCUGGGGGCUGAAUCUUCUGAUUUAGCAAAUUCACUGUGGUCUGUGAGUGAUACCACAGAUAAAUUAAAGCGUUUUAUAAAUGACCCUCAGGUUAACGUUAUAUUUUUCACAAAGAGAAGAGACGACAAGAAAGAAGAAGAUGAACAAGCAACUUUCACAUAUUCAUACAUAUGUACACAAGAAAUCACUUACAAUUCAAAUAACGUUGCUUCCGUCGCUUUCAUAAAAAACGUACCUACGUUGGAUGGUUCUCGCGCAAUACAAACACAGAUUCAACUUAUAAAUUUACCAGGUCCUGCAUCAAGCGAUUCCGGUUCGACUGGUAUAAGCCCAUAUGAAGCGUUACAUUCUUACAUUCACCUUGCUGUUGCUCCUUAUUUCGAUGCAUAUGCUAGAGAAAAAGGUGCCAACGAAGGUCUUGUCAGCAUUGGAGGUAAAAAACACGAUGACUCUAAAAUGGGUAUUCCGAUGGCCAAAAAGAAAAUUACCGAAUUAGAAUUAUCACUUCUUCAUUUACAACAAAAUGUUGAAAUACCCGAGAUAUCACUUAAUAUACAUCCUGUAGUUCAAAAAACUGUGGAAGAGUGUAGGAAAAAAGGAAAGCGUGUAACCGUUGACAUGAUUGAAAAUCAAGCACUUCUCACAGAUUCAACAUUUUUGAAUAAACUCCAAGGAGAUGUAAACGGUUGGAUUAAAGAAAUUAAAAAGGUUACCAAGUUGUCACGUGAUCCGGCAAGUGGCACGGCCAUUCAAGAAAUUAAUUUCUGGCUAAGCAUGGAAAAAGCUUUGGAAGGAAUUGACGAACAGUUAAAAGGAGACCACAUCGAAUUAACAUUAGGCAUUUUGCGACAUGCUAAACGUUAUCACACAACGGUAUCAUUUAUUGCCGAUACUGGUUUGAAGGAAUCAAAAGAAAAAGUUAAUAAAUACAACCAACUUAUGAAGGAUUUUCCUCUUGAUGAACUUCUUUCUGCACCUGAUGUGAAUAAGAUAAAAGAAUCAUUAGACAUUAUUUUUACUCAUUUGAAGAAAUUAAGAUUAUCCACAUAUCCAAUCAAAAAAGCUCUCGUACUUGUUGAAGCUAUAUCACGUGAUUUAAAUGAUCAGCUACUCAGAGUUUUGGGUAACCGAGGAUUAAUGUAUAUGGAAUAUGAAGAUUUCGAAAAAAUUAUGUCUGGUGCUGAAGAUGUGUUUAAGACUUGGGACGAAAACAUUAAAGAAUUUAAAGAUAUAGCGCGUGAUGUUACACGUAAACGUUCAGACAAGUUUAUCCCAAUUAAAAUUAGCCCUGCACAUGACAAAUUACAAGAACGUGUUGCUUUUGUAAGGAAUUUCAGAAAACAACAUGAACAACUUCAUCCAACAAUUGUUAAAGUUAUUAAUUCAAUGGAAGAAGUUAAAUUGGCUUACGAAAGCGUGAAGGAUAUUGAUGUAUUGGAUGUAUCAAUUGAAGGUACCGAAAUUUGGAUGCAAGCGGAGAAUGCUUAUAACGAAUGCGUUUCACGUGUCGAAAAUCAGCGUUGUUUGUUCUAGUUUAUUAUUGGGUUGAUAAUGUUAAAGGUGGUGCAGAAAGAAUUGUAGAUAAUGAUGGUAUAAUCAAUUAUUUAAUAAUUUUAUUAAAACAUGGUCCUAAUAGUAGUAAUUAUAUUGGUAAUAGUAGAUAUAGUAAAUUAGCAGCGGCAAAUGAAUAUUAAAUUGAUAGGUUAGUAAUUGACUAAUUGAAAGUUAUUAGAUUAAAUUAGCAGACCAGAUCUAGAGAUUUUAAACUUAUAGGGUAUAUUUGCUAGCAAGUAAGGUGCAAUUUAUUUAGUAUAGGUCUGAUUUUUCAUAAUUUUUUCUUUAAAUAAGGAGCAUAGAGUAUUAACUAGAGUACUACUUCUUUUUGAAUAUAAUAAUAAAAAAAAAAAUUUAUUAAAAAAAGCAAAAAAUAACAAA